AUACUGUAGAUUUCGGGGAGAUUAUAUAAAGAAAUGUUUAUAUUAAAUUGAAAAUGGAUAUGAGUUUAUUUCCAUAGUACGGAUCACACUUAUAAAUGUUAUCGUUUUAUAUUAUUCAUUUCAUAACAACUUAUCAAGUACAAAUAUUAGAUUAUGGAUGAAGACCGCAAAGAAUCGUACAGGAGUCCUGUGUACACAAAGGAAGAGGUGAAUGCUUUGUUGAAUAUUAUUGAAAAUUAUAAAAGUAUUAUUCUAAAUAAAUCAACUUCUACUGCCGCUAGUCACGCUAAAGACAGAGCAUGGAAUUCCAUAGCCAAAGUUUUCAAUAAACAAGGCUUCAAGCAUAUAAGGAGUGUUGAAAGCAUAAAAACAAAGUGGGAUAAUUUAAAAAAAGAAGCAAGGAAGGCAGCUAAAAAUAUAAUGAUAAUGAAACACUAUGACAACGAUUUGUGGAGUCGAGUGGUUACAAUGUUAUUAGAACAUGAAAAAAAUGAGGACUCUAAGCCAAGUCUUGAGAAUGGAUCAAAUGAAAUAAAUACAAAAGACACAGAUAAUGCAACUAUUAUGGAUUUUGAGGAAUGUGAAAAUGAAGAAUCUGAUAGUUCAGAUGGAGAUAUGCAGACUUGUAGGUCAAACAGAUCUUUAAAUUUCUUACCACAAGAGUGUACUCUUCUUUUAAAAUGUGUGAGAGAAGAGAAGAACAAUAUAUUCAUUAAGGAAACUAACUCAAAAACAAAUCUUCUCAAAAAUAGUGCUUGGACCAGGAUUGCAGAGGCCUUUAAUAAACAGAACCCACAGAAAAGAUCUAGUAAAGUUUUGCGUACAAAGUUUGACAAUAUGAAGAAAGCUGCUAAGUCAGUUCAUAUGAAACAGUAUCUGUUGAACAAUCAGCAUGAAAAAGAGAAAAUAAAGACUGAACCACUGUUUGACUGUAAAUCUGACUCGGACACAAAUGAUGGAAAUUUGAAUGAUAAUGUAGAGAUGGAUACCUUAAGUUUAAAUAAAAAUAAAUAUCUAGAUAUUGAUCCUCUCGAUACAGUUAUCAAUGGUGACUGUGGAAAUGAAUCGAAACACCCAUAUAAUCCUUGGUGCACACAAGAUAGUAAACUUGUUGAGAAGUUAAAAUUACAACUCUUUAAUUAUCAGUUGGAAACUGCAAAGAUGGAAAGAAAAAGAGUAGAGAAUGCAAUGCAAGCCGAAGUGGCUGCAUUCGAGUCUAAUGCAUUGGAACGGUCUUUAAAGCUGCGGGCGGCCAGGCUAGAAGUUAUUGCAGCACAGGCCAAGCUACCAGCAAACCAUCCUGGACUGCUGUUUACUGAUGAAGAGAAACCAGCGCAAGAAUACUUAGAACGAUAUAAUCAUACAAUGUGAUGAUUCAUACCUAAAGUGUUUUUUUAUAUAAAGUGAACUCGCUAGUUGAGUCGGUGGCAGUGAAUGUGUUAGUGUCGUGUUCAGAACUAUGUUUCACAACACAGUUAAAAGUUGUAUGUGUUGUAUAAUUCAAAAUACAUAGGAUUG